CAAAAUACUAGCAUAAAAUUACGUUGUCGGAAACGUUGGAUCCGUCGGAUAAACGACAAGAAGAAAUGGCGUCGCUCAUGAAAUUUCGCAGGGUUUUAACUCCAUUUUCUUCUAAAAACACAGGAUAUUUAUACAACAUUGUGCGAUCAAAAAUUAUCCUAACUGACCACUGGAAACCCGGUCCAUACCCGAAAACCGAGGAACAAAGGAGGAAAGCAGCUGAAAAGUAUGGAUUGAGCCCGGAGGAAUAUGAGCCGUAUCCAAAUGAUGGAAAUGGUUAUGGCGAUUAUCCAAAACUUCCACUCAUUGGAGCAGCAGCGCGCGAUCCUAACUAUCCAUGGGAUAUUCCAGCACACAGGAGAAAUUUCAAUGAACCCAUACACAUUAGUGAUAACUUGAUGGGAUUGGAUCGUGCUGAUUGUGGAAUUGAACAUCCAGUGCCAUUUAGGACACAACUCAGCAUGUUUCUAGGAGUGGUAAUAUUCUUCGCUAUUCUAUUCAAUCUGCCCUACGAAUAUCAUCAUCCAAUUAUGGAGAAACAGAUACCGAAAAAAGGAGUGGUGCACUACACUUUCGAGCCAGCCAAUUAAAUUUUUAUGAGUAUAUUGUAGAAAAACUAUUAUUGGGAGUAAUAAAAUGCAGUUCGUUGCCUGCAUAGUCACUGUA